CGGAUUUGAUGCCGCCCCAAGAAAUAUCUCGACUUCUCUGUUCUUCAUAACCUCAGGUAUUUAGAGCCUCUUUGCCACACGUUCGUCCUAAUCUGUAUUUUUAAGGACCAAUGUUCCGCUUGUCUGCUCCCAAAAGAACAAUACUGUUCAGACGCUAUCUGGCAACCCACGCUGUACCAAUUCCAUCUUCAAUUACUCGCCAUGAUUGGACGCGACAGGAGAUCCAAGAAAUAUUUGACACUCCGUUAAUGGAUCUCGUCUUUCGUGCGGCUUCGGUUCAUAGGAAACACCAGGAUGCCAGCAAGAUUCAACUUUGCACUCUCAUGAACAUCAAAACGGGAGGUUGUACGGAAGAUUGCUCCUACUGCUCCCAGUCAAGUCGUUACUCCACUGCGACACAGGCAUCGCGGCUGCUAGAUAUCGAUCCGGUGAUCGAAGCCGCUCGCAAGGCGAAAGAAAAUGGUAGUACUCGGUUCUGUAUGGGUGCUGCUUGGAGGGAUCUUGCAGGACGUAAGCGAGGGUUUGAAAGAAUACUUCAAAUGGUUCGAGAGGUCCGCGGAAUGGGAAUGGAGGUUUGCACAACCUUGGGCAUGUUAUCGCCAGAUCAGGCGCGUCAGCUGAAAGAAGCCGGUCUCACAGCUUAUAAUCACAAUCUUGAUACUUCAAGAGAAUUCUACCCUCAAGUUAUCACUAGUCGCUCAUACGAUGAACGUUUGAACACUAUUGACGCUGUACGCGAUGCUGGCAUCAGCGUUUGUUCAGGUGGUAUUUUGGGACUCGGAGAAAAGGACGAAGACCGAGUAGGCUUAAUCUGGGAAGUGUCCAGCAUGCCCGAACAUCCCGAGUCUUUUCCAGUCAAUGCCCUCGUACCGAUAGCCGGAACUCCUCUAGAAAAGAACGAGCCUGUCUCGUACCAUACUCUUGUCCGAACUAUUGCUACUGCUCGUGUUGUCCUUCCGACUACAAUCAUCCGACUGGCCGCAGGGAGAAACACGAUGCCAGAAUCUGAGCAGGCGAUGUGUUUCAUGGCAGGCGCCAAUGCUAUUUUCACUGGAGAACAAAUGCUAACUACACCAUGUUCUCCCUGGGAUGAGGACAAAGCCAUGAUGGACCGAUGGGGACUGGCAGGGCUGCAAAGUUUCGAGCACGUUAAUGUUGCUCGCAAGGAACAGCCCGCUUCAACCCUUCUCAAUGAACAUCCAACGAAAGAAAGCGCUAGCGUCUCAAUGAAUGUGUGAUUGGUUAUUAAAUAACAGUGGAAUUAUCUAGAUAUAUAUGUAUUUCAUAGAGUUCGUAUUGCGCGUCCGAAAUUGUUAUGAAUAAACGGUGCCUUGGAUGGACAAGUUCGGCUUGACUUCGAAUUCUUUUUCCGAAUCAUUCGGGGUACAUGCAUCUCUUCCCUUUUCGGACAAUCGUGGACCUUACUGUGAAAGCUGGUUCUUGGGAUAUGGCAUAGACAUCAUCAUCAGAACAAAGGUAGUGAAUUUGGCGUCACGUCAAGUCGAUGGCCAAUAUUAC